GCAGCCGCCCGUCCUUCCGGGUCCGGGCCCCCCGAGCGGCGCGAUGGCCGCGGCCGCCGCCUCCAACUGGGGCCUCAUCACGAACAUCGUGAACAGCAUCGUGGGCGUCAGCGUGCUCACCAUGCCCUUCUGCUUCAAGCAGUGUGGCAUUGUCCUGGGUGCCCUGCUCCUGGUAUUCUGCUCCUGGAUGACACACCAGUCCUGCAUGUUCCUGGUGAAGUCGGCCAGCCUGAGCAAGCGGAGGACCUACGCUGGUCUGGCGCUGCACGCCUACGGCAAGGCGGGGAAGAUGCUGGUGGAGACCAGCAUGAUCGGGCUGAUGCUGGGCACCUGCGUCGCCUUCUACGUGGUCAUCGGCGACCUGGGCUCCAGCUUCUUCGCCCGGCUGUUCGGGCUGCAGGUGACGGGUGCCUUCCGCGUGCUCCUGCUGUCCUCCGUGUCCCUGUGUGUCGUGCUCCCGCUCAGCCUGCAGAGGAACAUGAUGGCCUCCAUCCAGUCCUUCAGCGCCAUGGCCCUCGUCUUCUACGCCGUGUUCCUGUUCGUGAUCGUGCUGUCCUCGCUCAAGCACGGCCUCUUUGGCGGGCAGUGGCUGCGGCGGGUUGGCUACUUCCGCUGGGAGGGCAUCUUCCGCUGCAUCCCCAUCUUUGGCAUGUCCUUCGCCUGCCAGUCCCAGGUGCUGCCCACCUACGAUAGCCUGGACGAGCCGUCGGUGAAGACCAUGAGCUCCAUAUUCGCCUCCUCCCUCAACGUGGUCACCACCUUCUAUGUCAUGGUGGGCUUCUUCGGGUAUGUGAGCUUUGCGGAGGCCACGGCGGGCAACGUGCUCAUGCACUUCCCCUCCAACCUGGUGACGGAGAUGAUGCGCGCUGGCUUCGUGCUGUCGGUGGCCGUGGGUUUCCCCAUGAUGAUCCUGCCCUGCCGCCAGGCCCUGAACACGUUGCUGUUCGAGCAGCAGCAGAAGGACGGGACCUUCGCGGCCGGGGGCUACAUGCCGCCGCUGCGGUUCAAAGCGCUCACCCUCUUCGUGGUGUUUGGAACCAUGGUCGGCGGCAUCAUGAUCCCAAAUGUGGAGACCAUCCUGGGGCUCACAGGCGCCACGAUGGGGAGCCUCAUCUGCUUCAUCUGCCCGGCGCUGAUCUACAAGAAGAUCCACAAGAACGCGCUCUCCUCCCAGGUGGUGCUCUGGGUCGGCCUGGGCAUCCUGGUGGUCAGCACACACAGCACCCUGUCAGUGAGCGAGGAGACCCCUGUGGACCUGGCACAGGACGCCCCCGGGGGCCGGCGUGUGGAGGUGGAGGGCGCUGUGAAGGCGGAGCCAGCCCGGCUGUCAGGCCAGAACCCCGUCGCCGAAGCGGCCCAGGACGGCCGCGACAAGCCCAAGCUGCCAGGCGAGAAGGACGAGAUGGAGCAGGCCCAGAUCAAGGGCCCUGUGAACGCGCCCCAGAGGGAAGACCCCCUGGAGAAGCGGGAGGAGGCGCAGCUGGAUCGCCCCGGGCAAGGCGUCGCCGUCCCCAUGGGCGAGGCCCACCGCCAUGAGCCUCCCGUGCCUCGCGACGAGGUGGUGGUGGACGAAGGUCAGGACCAGGAGGGGCUGGGGGAGAACAAGCGUCCCUCCAAACUCGGGGGCGGGCAGGCCCCGGAGGGCGAGGGCCAGAGGGUGCUGCCGCCGCCCGACUCUGAGCAGAGGGACCCCAGACGCGAGCAUCCUGAAGAUCCCCGGAAGGUGCCAGAAGCCAAUGGUCAGGCAGCUGUUGCGCCCGAGGAGGACAGCCUGGGGCCCGGCCACGGGGGUCUGCAGCCAGGGCCCCGGACAGCACUGGCUGAGGAGCGGGCCGCCCCGGCCGAUGCGGGGGGGCAGGCAGACGGCGACCUGCAGCCAGGCCAGGCCCAGGGGGCCCAGGAGAAGAGUGAGCCCGCUGGGCAGGCUCCCCUCCCGGAGGAGAAGCCGGGUCCUGGGGCCGGGGCGCAGGCCCAGCCACGAGAGCAGAGGACGGCGGAGGCCCAGGCCAGGGACCGUGCCGGCAGCCGCUUGGAGGCUGAGAUCAAAAAGCUGGUGGCAGGGGCGGGCCGGGCGGAGAUGCUGGACCACGCGGUGCUGCUGCAGGUGAUACAGGAGCAGCAGGUGCAGCAGAAGCGCCUCCUGGACCAGCAGGAGAAGCUGCUGGCCGUGAUCGAGGAGCAGCACAAGGAGAUCCACCAGCAGCGGCAGGACGGGGAGGACGCAGACGGGCCGCCAGAGCCUGGGGCGGCCGCUCCCCGAAGUAAGGAGGAGGUGCAGGAUGGGAAGGCGGGGGGCACCGUGCCACGCACCCCUGCCCAGCCUUUGGAAUCUGCACUGGGGCGGCACCCCGCCCCUCCCCAAGGGCCCGGCCAGCGCCCCUGGGAGGAACCCCAGGGGGCUCCAGGCAGGCCCCCACCGGCAGGCCCUCCUGGGGGUGGACUGCGUCCAGAGCCCCAUGCUGCCCAGGCCCAGCCGAGGGCCGCUGCACCCCAGGGCGCUGGCACCAGCCUGCUGGAGCAGGUCCCGGAGCCAGACCCUGCCCGGGGACCCCAGAGCCCGGAGAAGCAUGGCCCUGGGGACCCCCUCGGGCAAAGUGAGGGCGUGUUUGCCGGAGGCACCGAUGAAAGAAAGAAAUCCCGGAAGGAAACGGCCCCUGGAGGCGUCGCUCGAGAGGAGGCGGAUGUCCCGGCAGCAGAGGCCGGGGCUGGGGGCCCUCCUGGGAAGCCCCCACCAGGAAGCCGAGACCUGGGCCGGCUUGGGGGCGCCGCGCCCACAGGGAGGACGCCUCCCCCGCCCGCACGCCCGGCCAUCUCUGACAGGGGGCAGGGCGGGCAGCGGGGCGGCCGCCCAUUGGACAGGAAGGACGCGCUUGGCGGGGACCAGGCCCCUGCCGCUGGGGAGGACGCUGCUGUCCAAGAGCCCGAACAGAGGCCGGACGCCGGGCCCGGGCCCAGGCCAGCCGUCGCCGGGGCCCCGAAGCCAGACAACGCCAGACCCAAUCGGGAGCUGAAAGUCCAGGGGGACGCUGACCUGCGGAGGCGGCGGCGUGCCGCAGCCCCUCCUGCUGGCGGGGGCCCAGCCCUGGAGGACUCGGUCCUCAUCAGCCUUGACCCGCUGCCUGGCGUGCAGCUCAGUGACCUGCGCAGCGCCCUGGAGGCCCAGCUGCACCAGGCCGCAGGGGGCACUCUGCGGGUGGUGCACGGCCGCCGGGUCAAGCAGGCGCCCGCCCUGGAGGAGGCCUGAGCGCCGGGGCUGCAGCCUGGUCAGCAGGCGAGCCCGAGGGGCGCCCCAAGUGCAGGCCAGUGGUGGCCCUCCAGCCUCCGGGUCUUUGGAGAGAGCGCAGCCAGCCCUCUGGGGUUUCACUGGUGGCAGAGCCGCUGCGCCCAGCAGAGACCCCAGGGGCCCGCGUGCCAGCCGGGCUGAGGGCCCCCAUGGCCGCCUGGGCCCGCCCCACCUCCCUGCGGCUGGUUCUCACUCUUGUUGGCUGUGAGCCUCCUGGAGACUAAUAAACGCUGCUUCCCUGCUGCUCGGAGCGACCCCGCUCGCACCGGAGGGCCCAUGGGGGCGGCAGCCUUGGGGGGUGCCAGGAAGCGCCCCAAAGCAGCCAUAUCUGGGCAGCUCCUGAGGCAAGUUUCCUACGGAAGGUUCAGGUGCCAAGACUCAGGCCACAGGGACAGCGCUGCCGGCCGGGGCUGCUGGUGCACUGGCAUCGGAGCCCUGGGCUGGUCCCGCCUGCCCCAGCAUGGCCCACCGGCCUGCCUACUGGUGGAGGUGUCCUGGGGCUUUCCUGGGCCUCUGCCUGGGAGCAGCUCCCCCUGCCCCUCACACCCAGCUGCCGAGAUGGUGCCAGAGCAGGGCCAGCCAGGACCAGGCAGGACGUGUGGCUGGUGCGGGCUCUGCUGUGCCUUGCUCCCACCGCACCGCAGGCAACGCUGCCCUCCCCGGCAGCACCCCAGGGCGGGUCUGGGGGCCGGGACUGUGCUGUGCUUUCUGACCACAGGGCAGUGGGGGCCAGCCCUGCCUGUAAGGGCUCCGUCCCAGAGCAGGGCGGCAUGGCCAGCCACCUAGCCGCACGGGGCAUAAGCGGGUGGAGGCCAGGUGCAGCCCCGAGGGCCCCCGCCCCACCCCGAGGAUGGGAGUCUGGGCCGCCCACCCUGGCUGAGAUGCAAGUGGGCAGAGCACAGGGGUGAGGCCCGGGUGACACAGCUGCAGAAGCAGGCAGGGCUGAGGUGCCCCCACUCCUUCCUGGAGGCCGGAGCGAGGCAGCAGGGAGCUGGGUGUGCGGCCGAGCAGGGGGGCCGGGAGGGCCGGGAGAGGGGCCCAGCAGGCCUGGACAUCGGCCCUCCAGGUGAGGGGCGAGACGGGAGAGCCCACCCUGGGCCUCGGCUGUCCUGAGUUCCUGUGGUCACUGUGCAGCUUGGCUGUCCACCUGGCUGCCCAACCUGCAGCCCCCAGGCUCCUGGGACCCAGUUCACUAGGAGGGAGGCUCUCGCCUCAGAGGUGCGCGGUCACACCUGGGGGCUCCAGACUUCUGGAACUGUGAGGCAGAAACAGGAGCACAGAACCCGCUUGGGGUUCACGAGUGGCCCUGGCCGUGGGUGCCGGGACCCACGGCCCCAACCUGGCUGUCGGGCAGGGCGUGCAAGGCAAGGCCUCCAGAGGCUGCGGAAGGGCAGCUCAGCCUGUGCCCUGCAGCUGGGUUCCAAAGCCACCCUGGGUCCCCCCACCUGCACUCGGGCCCACAGGGCCCCCUGCAUCCCGCCGAGUCUGGAGGGCUCCCUGCAGGCCCCCAUGGCGUACACCUGGCGUGUCCUGUGAGCUGGCGGUUGCGGCUGCAGCCGCGUCAGACAAGCUUGUAGACGGAAUACAACACAGACACCCCGCGAGCGCUGACCCCUGCUUUAUUGCUCGUCACCAAUGCCUGUCCUCACCCCAACCCUCUACACCGGCCAGGUCCUCUUCCUCUUGGCCCUGAGAACUGGGGUCGUCGGACCCCCAAUGGCGUGGCCUCGGGCAGCUCAUGGAGACCAGCGGCUGGUCCUUCCUAAUGGCCCUCCAGGGUCUUUUUGGCCUGAAAGAAAAAGUGCUUUAUCUGAAGGGGCCUCUUCCAAGGCGGCGGGGCGCCCGGCUGUGUGGGUGCAUGGCCGAAGGGGCGGGGUGGACGCUGCACUUCAGCCCCC